UUUCUUGAGGUCGAUAUGGUGCGUUUUGAUCCAAGCAGAUCCAUUUGAGCCACUCAUCAUCCAAAGCUCCAUGUUUGGUGCAAUGGAAUUGUAGUCUACUACCCAGAGAUUCCCUCUGAUUCCACAUAAGCUAAAACAGUGCUUACGGUUGUCUUCAAAACACGGCGGUGGAGGCAGAACAGAGAACUUCUCUUGCUCUAAAGAGAAAGAAACGAUCUCUGGAACAUGUUUUGUUAUCCAAUAAAGGUACCCAUCAGCGUGAGCUGGAGGGUAUGGUUCUAGAAGAUUGGGUGAUAAGGAAGGAAAAAUCUGAUGAUUUUGUACUCUAACGUUGAGGAAACGAAGCCGAAGGAGACAACGGAAGGAGAAGAAGAAGAAGAAGAAGUGGAGGAUUGUGGUAUUUUUAGGAGUUUUUGGUUAAUAGGGUCGAAUAGAAAAUGUUCCUUGUCGAUCAAGAUACAGAUAAACUGAUGGUUAGAAGAGAAGACUCUGAUUCUUUCUCCAAGGAAGCGUUUUGUGAUGGGUUUCUGGGAGACGGUCUGUGUAAAAAGCUUUGAAAGCAGUGAGAACGGCGAGAGCAACGUCGUUGGGUUUGGUGAAGAGGAAGAGUUUGAGAUAUACGGUUUGGGAUCCGUGGGAACCGGUGAAGGCGGUUAGGAUAGAGGAGGAGUUUAGGGCAUGGCGGUGGUGGAGACGGAUGAGGUAGGGUUCGGAGAUGAGGGAGUUGAACUCCUUUGAAACUAAUCGGAGCUUUUGUAAUGUUUUGCCCGGAAGAAAAGACAAGAUUUUGAGAAUAACUUCAGGAGGCAGAGAGGAAGAAAACAUCUCUACAAGGUAAAAUGGAGAAAAUAUGAAUGUGAGUAUAUUAAUGAUUAGUAUAUGCUUGUUCGCCAAGGAUUGAUCAUGUUAGGAUGUUAAGAGUGAGAAAAUCAAGUAAUUCCAAUUUACUUUCAUUUUUUCUAAAUUUUAGAUUUGAUAGAAUCUUUAAAAAAACGGAGAGAAAAAAAAAGUAGUAACCUAUUUUUUUUUUUUAACGUUUAUUUAUCAUCAUCAAAUUGUAUCAAUCUUUACGAAGUUACAAAAGAGUUUGUGACACAUAUGAGCACCUCUCGUAUUGUGAAAUCAUAUUUUAGAAAAAAAGUAAAGAAAAAAAAUUGUUAAUCCUAAUUAUUAACUUGCUCGUUUAUUUGUUUUUAAUGUGUGUGAAUUAAUGUUUUGAAAAUUCAAACUCUUGCUAUAAAUGCUACUUCUUCAUCAUCAAGCUAAUUAAUAUUUAAAAUAGUCUACUUCUAUCGAUUAUUUUUACAAUUUCCUCUACUACUAUCGAUUAUUUUUACAAUUUCCUCUACAUUCUUCUCCACACUACACUUCCCCAUGUAUUUUUAAAACUCUAAAUCAAGCUACUCAAAAGAAAAAAAAAAUUAUCUCGUGCGUUUAGGCUUACACUACUAUACUAAUCAUAUGAUAUUAGCAUAACACGUUCCUUGAUUAUAGUGCAUUAAUUGGAGGGGAAUUAAAACAGUUACGAGUAGAGUUUACUAGUUUAGAUUUAGAAACACAAGGCUCUCUCUAACCUCAACUUCGGGAAAGUGUUUUUUUUUUCUUUCUUCUAAAUGGGUUCCAAAGAUUCUUCAGAUAAGGAGAUGAAAUGGAAUAUAAUCUUCAACAGUUUGGUCGAGAUCCUUCGGCAAAACGAAGAAAAGCUUCGAGCUCAGGUUAAGCGUCAGGUCUCUGAUGCUCAGAGUUACAAUGAUAAUCUCUCUCUGAUGAAAAAGGAUAUUCAAAGACACGAAGAUGAAGCGGCGGUUUGAGAGCGCUAAAUACGAUUUCUUCAUGGAAAGAGAUCGUUUUUCUUGCAAAUCGCAAUUAGAUGUUCAGAAUGAGUUGGAUUACUUGAGAGCUUGGUUUGAUUUCUUCAUUCUGAGUACACAUAAGGAAACUAGUGAUUCUGGUGGAGAUGCGGAUUGUAAAUUAUUGGAAGACAAGCUCAAGAAACUGAAGCUUGAAUUUGAGAAGCUUGCUUUCAAAAAGGGAUGUGAGGUAUCUACACUAUUACAAGAAUACGGGUUUGCUUGGAGUGAAUUCAAGUGCAUCGAAAGCAGAUUCACUGAUAAAUUAAUGAGGAGAGACGAGGAGAUCAAACAAGCUAACAAGAACAUAUUAAGUCUUGUAACUAUUCAGGAGCAGCUUGAAUCAUCUAAUCAUGAGAAAGAUAAGAUCAUUUCAGGAUUGAUGGCUAAAGUGGCUGAAUUGGAAGACAAGGUUAGUAAGAACUACAAGGAGGAAAGGCCCGUAGUAAAGACGCCAUUAAGGAGGUCUCCUAGGCUCAAUCCUCGUAAACAAUAACAACUAUGUAGAGACUAAGAAAGAGCUCUCUACAUAGUUGCUAUUGUUUACAAGUUAAGAUCGGGUUGCAGUUGCAACUAUGGGGAAACUGCAACUCCUCCAAACCAACUUAUCAAACGGUUAGAUAAAGAUGUUCGUAAUAGAAUAUCUUCCAUAAGAGAGCAAGGAGAUGGAGGUUAUGACAAAUGUAUGGAGGUCUGGUUUGCCACACACUAAGGAAGUACUCUCUUUCAUUUUUUUUAUCAAAUGUUUUGUCAAAAAAAAA